CGUGAUCCUAGUAGCAACACCAUGGCUAGCCGUUUGUCCGGAGAGCGCCCUAAGUGCAACAACUGUGCUAUACUGACUCUAGAUAUUCUACUCUUACUGAGGUGGCUGGCUUCUAUGCGACUUUGACUUUGAACAUUAAAAGUCAACGACGAAAAUCGUACACAACCUUAGCUCUCUUGGCGGACCGGAAGCGCGGCGGAGCUGCUAUCAGCUUGGUUCAGCGUGGCUCUACUAAGAAGACCCAGAUAAGCCCAUCUGCUUCUUUUGAUAGGACUUCUCGUCCCUUAUCGUGAUGGCAAGCGUAUACGAGGAUACGACUCUACCUGAGCUCGACAAGAAAGAGUCUCCUGAUGCCGAGAAGGCCCAUUUCGCAGAUAAGGUCGAAGCUGUCAGUUCUCACAGCGAUCUGGAUGCAGAGGUGGAUGACGAGGUGGUCAUCGAGCACGCUGCAGAUGUUUCUGUUCAGGUCAUAUCCACCCGAGACGAUCCGGACGUUCCUAUCGUCACCUUUAGGGCAGUAUUUCUGGGCGUUGGACUCAGCGCGUUCUCUGCCGUUCUUGCAACUAUCUAUACAUUCAAGCCUCAGAAUGCAAGUGUGUCGCAGUUGUUCUGCCUCAUCAUUGCUUAUGUCUUGGGUACCGGCAUGCAUGGAGUAAUUCCUAGCUCUGGGUAUUGGCGCUAUUUGAAUCCUGGUCCUUUCAACAUCAAAGAACAUACUGCUAUUGUUAUCAUGGCAUCUACGGCGGCGAACAUAGCGCUAGCUAUGGAGAAUAUUGCCGCCAUGGAUCUCUUUUACGACCUUCAACUGAAUGGCGCUGUAGCAAUAUUCCAAAUUUUUUCAACCCAAAUGAUAGGUUACGGCAUUGCUGGACUUUUGCGGACGCUCCUCGUUUAUCCGACCUACGCAUUCUACCCAUCCUAUAUCUCGGUGGUGAACCUGUUACAAAGUUUGCACUUUAGUGGGACAUUGAAUGCGAAGAAGCGAAAGUACUUCUGGAUCGUUUUUGGUGCUAUCUUCUUCUGGGAAUGGAUCCCUCAAUACCCCUUUCCUCUCCUCACCGCUAUCUCAAUUAUAUGUCUUGCAGAUAAUGGACGGCACGCAUUUGUACGAAACCUCUUUGGGGCAGGAUCUAGUAACGAGGGCAUCGGCCUUUUCUCAUUUGGUCUCUCGUGGACUUUGAUUACCCAAGGUUACCCCUUGGUGUGGCCUCUCCAGACGCAGGUGAACUCUUAUAUCGGCAUGCUGUUGGGAUAUAUCGUCCUGACAGCAAGUUAUUACACGAACGUCUUUAAUGGACGUGAUAUUCUUUGGAUGUCUACUUCUCUGUUCGGCAAGGAUGGGGACACAUAUGAUCAAUCUGCCGUUAUCGACUCGAGCUACCAUCUUAAUGCCACUGCAAUCGCAGAAGUCGGUCUUCCGCGUUACACAACGACUUAUGCUAUCAGUCAGUUGUGUUACAACCUCUCACUCGGGAGCGCGGUAACGUAUGUGUUGCUUUGGCAUUGGAAGGAGUUGAGGACUGCCUUCGGUGGGUUCAGGUUCUUGAAGAGAGGACACGCAGAUAUAGAUGAUCCGCAUUAUAAUGAGAUGAAGAAGUAUAAGGAGGUCCCUCAAUGGGUUUACGGUGUACUGUUUCUUGUUUCCAUAGGGGUCGCUAUCGGAACGGCAUAUGCUGGUCCGGGAGGAUAUGUCUUGAUUCCGGCUUGGAGUAUUAUCUUUUUCACGGUAUUUAGUUUCUUCAUGGCUACGCUCCUGGGAUUUAUCACGGCUACCACUGGAUUCAACAUUUCAUUGAAGUACGCAGUGCAGAUCAUAGCUGCCUUUAUACAUCCCGGCGAGCCGAUCACUGUCAUGUAUGCCAACUUGUUCGGAAACAGCUCCGCAUGGCAGACGUUAUAUAUGUUGCAAGAUCUUAAAUUGGGACAGUACACAAAGCUGCCACCAAGAAUCACCUUCGCCGCCCAAAUGGCCGGAUCCAUCAUUGGAGCGAUCUUCAACUACACAAUGAUGAAUACGAUUGUAACAAACAACAGAGCUGUAUUGAAAGACCCCACUGGGACACGUGUGUGGAGUGGAUGGAUUAUCCAAUCCGUCAAUUCUAGCUCUGUGGCAAUGGGUGCUUUAGGUAAAGAGCUCUUUACCUACGGGAAGGAAUCCGGAUAUUGGAUUAUUCCGUUUGGCAUGUUUAUUGGUCUGUUCUGCCCGAUCCCGUUCUGGCUCGUACAUCGAUACUCGAAGCCAGGGAGCACACUCGCAAAGACAACGAAGUACAUCAACGUUCCUAUCAUCACUUUAUACAUAGGAUACCUCCCAUACUCUGUUAACGGACAGUGGUGGUCGUGUUUCGUGAUUGGGUUCUUCUCACAGUGGUGGCUAAGGAAGCACAGACCUGGCUGGUUCAAGAAGUACAACUAUCUGACGUCUGCGGCGCUCGACGGUGGAAGUCAAGUCAUUUUGUUUAUCCUCAGUUUUGCGGUCUUUGGUGCCAGCAACAAAGAGGUGGCCUUCCCGUAUUGGUGGGGUAAUCCAGAGGAUUUGUCCGUUGAUAGGUGCAUGUCGACAUGAUGGAAGAAGAAUGUUUACGAGUUUAUGAGUAUAUAGGGCAAAGUUUGUACGCGGCGGUUUGGGUUGUAUCGGUUAUUAUUUCGGAGAAUUUAUG